AUGCACCCUGCUGUCCCCGAUCCGGCGCAGAAUCCCGAUGCUCGUGGCCUGUCCACCCUCUUUGGAGGCUUGAAUCUUCAGGCUCAGCGUCCGGGAGCUAAGUACACCGGUGUCAAGAACAACAUGCCGAUGCCAGUGCCUCCUUACAACCAGAUGGUUCUUCUGCCCAACGGGACUCUUUUUGGCGGUCUCCCUUACGAGCAGAACCCCUACAUGCCCGCCGCUGGUAUCUAUCCAGGCUUGGUUCCUCCUUGCCCCGUGGUUCCCAACCCUGCGGGUGACUUCUAUCACGGUUCCGCUCCGAACAUGGAUCCUGCUGCACUGCCGAAUUAUGGCUUCGGUGGUUAUCCUCAGCCAGGACCACCAUGCCUCCCGUUCCAGAUGAUGAAGACCCCUACUGGCUAUAUCCUCCAGGACUUAGAGAGUCUUACUCAACAGGAACCUCCGAUUCCACGUGCCGUGCCUGCUAUGUGGACUAACCCUUCUGAGCUGACGCUUGCCAAGUGUCUCGAGAAUCGAGAGGGCAUCACUAACGUCUACAUCCGAGGCUUCCUCCCAGAGACUACGGAUGAGAUCUUGUAUGCCUAUGCCUCUCGCUUUGGAAAGAUCGACCGGUGCAAAGCGAUCGUGGACUUGGACACUGGCAUGUGCAAAGGAUUUGGCUUUGUUCAAUACUAUAACUUUGAAUCUUGCGAGAAUUGCAUUCGGGGAUUUUUCUAUCUUGGCUACCAGGCGAGCUUUGCCCAGAAAUCGCGCAACUCUCGUCUGAAGGACCUCGAAGACAGAACCUCGACCAAUAUCUAUUGCACCAACAUCCCAAUCGAGUGGACAGAGGCUGAUCUCCGUCAUCACUUUGAACCGUACCGCGUGAUCUCCGAGAAAAUCAGCCGCGACGAAAAGACUGGAGUGAGCAAAGAAGUUGGAUUCGCACGGUUCGAAACCCGUGAGAUGGCUGAACAGGUGCUCGCGGAAUACCACAAUGUGACUGCCAAGGACGGCGUGAAGCUGCUUCUUCGCUUUGCAGACACCAAGGCUCAGAAGCUUCUUAAGCAACAGAGCAACGAGCGCCGCGCCUAUCGUGCCGGCGAGUACAACUAUUCGGUCGAGGUAGUUCAGGGAUCCACUCCGUCGCCCUCCGUUAACCGUCUUCAGCAGACUGCCUCCCACCUCAGCCCCAACUCACAGGCCAGCUAUGUGUCUCCUGCUGGAGUAGGCGCCGCCUGGACCCCCGCAACAUCUAUCUCUCCGUCGUUUCCCCUGGGGAAGGCCCAGGCCGGAAACAUCCGUUUCAACUCGUGGUCUUCUAAGGCCGGGCCCGGAGGACCGGAAAAUACUCCCUUGUACCGUGGACGACGCGGGGUUUGGUCUGACAACGUUGCCGGUGGCUCUUCCAAGAUGGCCUUCCCGACCACGCCUUGUGUUGAAAGCCGCUCCGAACGGUCCAGUCCUCGCAAGGACAUCAAGGCAGGAUCCCUGUCCCCGAUGUCUACUCGCAAGGAGAUCAUUGUGACUUCGCCCCGAUCGGUCAUCUGAGGUUUCUUCAUCGGAUGUCCCAAUUACUUUCUGCUCUCUUUGAAUCUUUCCCUCUCUCGUUUUGACCGACAAGCACCAAGAGCUGCUGCUCUCAGGAGCGAUCCUUGGGAUUUGCGUGGGUCGCCUUUUUGCUCAGUUUUACGCAUACAUCUGCAAAGGUUAGGCUUUCCGGCUACUAGUCGAAGCUUGUAUGUCUUACACGGGAGUAUGGGUUGUCACGAUAUGGUGUUGUUUGUUUUUGCUUUCUUCCGAUGGUUUUGUGCUGGGCUUCUUGAGCUUGAGUGUUGUAUGAGUGUUAUCUGUUCUUGAUUUCUUGACACCAGCGGCUCUAUGGAAACAGAAUGAUGUCGAUUUAAGAGUCUGUAUCUGUUACGGCGGGAUCCUGGCGGGCAGAAAUUACGGCGGCGAAAAGGAGUUGGCAGGCACGCGUGGUUCUACAUGGUGUAAAAGCAUUGUUUAUG